AGGGCGGGACCCAGGCCAAACAGCGGCUGUGUGGUCUUUGCAGGGCGCGCGCGCGCCGCUUUUCCAUUCCAUUGCACGGGCUUGGCUGGCGGACCUGCCGCGGCUACAGCCGCCGCCGCCGCCGCCGCUUUCGGGGUCGCAGCUCGCUCCCUGUUGCCAAGGGCGAGCGCCCCGCUCCGCCUCCUCCUGCGGAGAGGGGUCCGGUAAAUUCGGCGAGCCGAGAGUGGUGCCGCCUCGGCCCUGAGCGCGCGCGCGCUGGAAAGAAGCGCGCUUUCCUACAGCCUUGAAAGGCUUCCUGGGGGUCCUUAUGAAUCAUAUAACAGUUCUGGAAAUAACAAAGGAAUGAUGUGGCCUUUUCCUUAAAAAGACAAAUCAAGGAGAUGACAUCAAUAUCUUGCCCCAGUAUCUGGAAGCUGGAAUAAGCUCUGCAUGAGACAACACAGGGUGACAUUGGUGUUCAGCAAGAUGGAGCUCCUGUUUGUUGACCAUAGACUUCAUCUUUAUUUUGAGCUGGUUAUUGUGAGGAAAACAGGGAUAGUGUCACAUAAGCUGCUUUCCAAAUGUCUGUCACUUCAUAUUCAUCAAAAGCGGGAAGCCUAGCAACAGAGGUGGAGCUUAAAAACUUUGAGAGACUCAGUCCCUCAACUGAACAGACGAGGUCAACCCAUUCCUGGGUGCUGUCUCCACCUGACAAGAAAGUGCGUAUCAGGUAAUCAGACAUCCCACCAAAUUGUGUGUCAUCUGGAAUUUGAUCUGCAUUCUCUCAACCUCUACAAGUUAUUAUUAAAAAAUAGUGACGAGUAGAAGACUCAGAAUUGAACUGUGGAGAGCUCCAGCCAAUACAAUCUCCAUGUGUUGGAGAUCAGCGUUUGAGAAAGAAUCAGAAAAUACUCCCUCAACUUUGCUCGAAGAGCAUGCAAAAUAAGAACAAUAUGGCACACCAUAAUAUUGCCAUGGGAUUAUUCAUAAUGACUCUCUUAUCCUUGCUGGAUGACAGUUCAGCCUUCCUGUUGAAUCAGCGUCUGAAGGGAAGAUUUCAAAGGGAUCGGCGGAAUAUCCGCCCAAACAUCAUUCUUGUUCUUACUGAUGACCAGGAUGUAGAACUUGGUUCAAUGCAAGUGAUGAAUAAAACAAGGCGGAUUAUGGAACAGGGAGGUGCACACUUCAUCAAUGCAUUUGUGACGACACCCAUGUGCUGUCCAUCCCGCUCUUCUAUUCUUACAGGGAAAUAUGUCCACAAUCACAACACCUACACCAACAAUGAGAACUGCUCAUCGCCAUCCUGGCAAGCCCAGCAUGAAAUUCGCACAUUUGCAGUAUACCUCAAUAACACAGGGUAUAGGACAGCUUUCUUUGGGAAGUAUCUAAAUGAAUAUAAUGGUUCCUAUGUGCCUCCUGGCUGGAAAGAAUGGGUUGGAUUACUUAAGAACUCUCGUUUUUACAACUACACGCUCUGCAGAAAUGGAGUGAAGGAAAAGCACGGAUCUGACUACGCUAGGGACUAUCUGACUGACUUGAUCACCAAUGACAGUAUUAACUUUUUCCGAAUAUCAAAGAGGAUGUAUCCCCAUCGGCCAGUUUUGAUGGUUCUUAGUCAUGCAGCUCCACAUGGUCCAGAAGAUUCAGCCCCUCACUAUUCUCAUCUCUUCCCCAAUGCUUCCCAACACAUCACACCCAGUUAUAAUUAUGCUCCAAACCCAGACAAACACUGGAUAAUGAGAUAUACAGGUCCCAUGAAGCCUAUUCACAUGGAAUUCACCAAUAUGCUACAGCAGAAACGACUUCAGACACUCAUGUCUGUGGAUGAUUCUAUGGAGGCGAUUUAUAAUACAUUAGUUGAAACAGGUGAACUGGAAAAUACCUAUGUAAUAUACACAGCAGAUCAUGGCUAUCAUAUUGGGCAAUUUGGACUGGUGAAAGGAAAAUCCAUGCCAUAUGAAUUUGACAUCAGAGUUCCUUUUUAUAUACGCGGUCCAAAUGUGGAGGCUGGAUCCUUGAAUCCUCACAUUGUAUUGAACAUCGAUCUUGCUCCUACAAUUCUAGAUAUUGCUGGCCUGGACAUUCCACCUGACAUGGAUGGGAAAUCCAUACUAAAACUGCUGGAUUCUGAAAGAUUGGUCAAUAGUUUUUCCAGAUUCCAUUUGAAAAAGAAAAUGAAGGUUUGGAGAGAUUCGUUUUUGGUGGAGCGAGGUAAGCUGUUGCACAAAAGAGAUAAUGAAAAAAUGGAUGCUCAAGAAGAAAAUUUUUUGCCCAAAUACCAACGAGUGAAAGAUCUCUGCCAGCGAGCUGAAUAUCAAACUGCUUGUGAACAACUUGGACAGAAAUGGCAGUGUGUGGAAGAUGCCAAUGGGAAGUUGAAGUUGCAUAAAUGCAAAGGCCUAGCUAGCCUUAUGGCUCCAGACAGUAGUAAAGGAAUCUCCAAUCUCCUGCCCAAGUAUUACAGCAAGAAUAACGAGGACUGCAGCUGUGAUGAGAAUGAAUACAAGCUGAGUCCCAUUGGACGACGAAAGAAAUUAUUCUCUAAGAAGAAAUACAAAACAACCUACAUUCGAAGUCGUUCCAUUCGCUCAGUGUCUGUUGAGCUUGAUGGGAAGGUGUAUAAUUUGGAUUUGGAAGAUGGCUAUCAACCUGUUUUACCAUGGAAUGUCACAAAAAAGCCCAAAAAUAGUCAAGAAUCAGGAGGAGGAGGAGAAGUUGAUGAUGCUAAGGAUAUGGAGGAAUACAGUGGCACUGGCAGUAUUUUAGAGAACACAGCACCAAACUUAAUAAAAGUGACACACCGAUGCUACAUUUUAGAGAAUGACACUGUUCAAUGUGACACAGAUUUAUAUAAAUCAUUGCAAGCCUGGAAGGACCAUAAGCUUCAUAUAGACCACGAGAUUGAAACUCUACAAAACAAAAUUAAAAACCUGCGAGAGGUAAGAGGUCAUCUAAAGAAGAAGCGACCGGAAGAAUGUGAUUGUAACAAGAUAAGCUUCCAAUCAAAACACAAAGGCAAACUGAGGCACAAAGGAUCUGACCUCCAUCCUUUCAAGAAAACCUUUCAGGAGAAGGAUAAGCUAUGGCUCCUCCGAGAACAGAGGCGAAAGAAGAAACUCAGGAAGCUGCUCAAAAGAAUAAAAAAUAAUGACACAUGUAGCAUGCCAGGCCUGACAUGCUUCACACAUGACAACCAGCACUGGCAGACUGCCCCCUUGUGGACAUUGGGUCCUUUCUGUGCCUGUACCAGUGCAAAUAACAACACAUACUGGUGUAUGAGGACGAUCAAUGAGACACACAACUUUCUGUUCUGUGAAUUUGCUACUGGCUUCCUUGAGUACUUUGAUCUGAACACCGACCCUUAUCAGCUAAUUAAUGCAGUGAACACACUGCAUAGAGAUGUUCUCAACCAACUGCAUGUGCAGCUCAUGGAACUGAGAAGUUGCAAAGGCCAUAAACAGUGCAACCCAAGGACCCGAAAUAUGGAACUUGGUCUUAAAGAUGGAAGUUAUGAACAAUACAGGCAGUUUCAACGUCGAAAAUGGCCAGAAAUGAAAAGAUCAUCUUCGAAGUCACUAGGACAACUUUGGGAAGGCUGGGAGGGGUAAUUUCCUACAACUGCUAGACCUCAGUGAGGACAUAAACUGGCCGGAACUUGAAUUCUUGUACAGACUUAAUAAAGUAUGUAUGAUUUCAGACUGAAUCAUAAUCUUAGCCUGGAAGACUGGAUGAAUUUUGUUGCUAAGGUAAAUAGGAUAUUUGCAUUUUUAUGCAGUCCAAAAUGAUGCAGUUAUCUUCUGGAGACUACUGUUGUCAAAAACCUGUAUCCUACUAGUUUAACUCGCAUUUGCUUUGGAUUAUACCUCACUUGCUUCACAAGCUAUUUUAUUUCAGUCAAUCACCUGAGAUACAAUUCCAAAAGAGGACAGCAGAGAAACAUGGCAACCUUUAGAAUCCUGAGAGGGAAAAGCACAGAAGAUCCGAUUUCAACAGAAGACAAUUUUAUAUUUUCUUUAAAUGAAAGCAUUGGAAAGACAAAUGAAGAUAAUAACACUUUUUUUUCUUUCUGGCUUGGACAAAUUAAACUUUGAAGCACUGAUAAAAAAAAAUCUGUUAAGGGAUUCUAGGAUCUGCAAAGGAUAUUACUGAAAAAAAGCACCAAUUCAGCACUAUAAUAUUGUCACUUGUUUGUGUACUACAAAAUGCAAUUUAGUUCACAGUGUUCACAUCUUCCUUGAGGUUGAGAGAAGAAACAGAAAAUAAACCCUCACUCAGAGAAACCACCUUUCCAGCAUUGUAUUGUAAAUACUCAGUGUUCCAUUUCAAAAGAAAUCCAAUCCAGCAAGAUUUUUGUUACUGAACUAUUGGCAUGCCCCAAUAUCAUUUCUGAAAAUGUCACUUUCACUGCAUAAUUAAACUUUAGAAUUGAUCAUUUUUUUUAAAAAAAAAUCAACCACUGCAAAAUUAAAAGCAGUUGAUGUAUGUCUUGAAUUUUAACAAAGUUGGAUUUGUAUUAAGUCUUUGUGGUUAUACUGUAUGUUUAAAAAAACCAAAAUUAUUACUAUAAAAAAGCACUUGUUUACUUUUA